AUGGCAACCAAUUGGAAUAUUUGUGGUGUUUGUCAUAAUCUUCAUAUUACCAAACAGUCAGUAGAAUGGUGUUCCGAAUGUGACGAAGGACUUUGCGAAAAAUGUAAGGAACAUCACGCUGUUUCGAAGUCAUCAAAAAGCCAUGAAACCGUUUCUAUCUCGGAAUAUAAGAAGUUACCGACCAAGGUCCUGGAAAUUGCUCAGACCUGCAAACUUCAUAAUGAGAAGUUCGAACUUUUCUGUAAAAAACACGAUUGUCCAUGCUGUAAGAAAUGUGUUGAAUCUCACAACGAUUGUAAAAGUUUAAUUGACAUAAAUGAACUCAUAAAGAAUAUCAAAACUUCAAAUGCCUUUUACGAGUUCGAACAAAACCUGCUGGAAAUCGUCGAGAAUAUAAAACGACUAAAUACUCACCGAAAAGAAAAUUUAACAUCACUAGAAGACAAGAAAAGAAAAAUUGAAACAAAAAUAGCACAAACCAGGACAAACUUUAAUAUCCACCUUGAUAAACUCCAGGAUGGUUUAAUUAAAGAAUUAACAGCAAUAGAAGAAAAAGAAAAAAGAAAAAUACAAACUUUGUUGACUUUCCUGAAAGAUAAGAAAAAAAAUAUCAAUGAAUUUCAAGAAAACAUUGCAAGUAUCAAAAAACAUGCGUCAGAACUUCAAACAUUUUUGGCUAUGAAACAUAUCGAAAAAGACAUUGAUGUCGAAGAAAAAAUAAUUCAAUCGAUUACCAAAACAGACACAACGAACCAAGUGAAUAUUUCCUGCCAAAUAAACGAGUCGUUAAAGCAAAUCAUAGACAGCGUGCAUAAGUUUGGAGAAAUUUAUGUCACUUCUUAUCCAUGUGAUUUUUCGAUUCAGAAACGGAAGGAAAGACAGGCCCAGAUUAUGGUAUCUCUUCCAACCAGAAAUAUCGAAAAUCUUAUUCUGUCGUUAGAUAAACGUAUCAAUACAAAGUUGUCAAAUGUCCGAGGUUGUUCAAUUCUUCCAGAUAGUAUGACAGUAUAUAAAGAUGGACAUUUGAUUUAUUGUGCUAGGGAGAAAGGACUUCAAAUGAUCAGUCUUAGCGAUGAAUCCAUUACCAAUAUUACUUAUAACAAACUUUCUAUCUUUGCGUACGUUACAGCUUUUGGUGACAGACUGUUCUACACAAAUUAUGACCAUGACAGCGAAAUCUGCUGUGAUUACCAUGGUAAGAUACUGUGGACGUUCCAUGAUACCACUUUUCUGCUGUCUCCAUUAGGUAUAUCUGUAGACAAUGAUGGUUUCGUGUAUGUAGUGGGAGGUGAUACUCACAAUGUGGUCGUUAUUUCUCCUGAUGGAAAACACUGCAGAAAAAUCUUAUCCAGUGAUGAUGGACUGAACCUACCGCAUGUUCUGCACUACGACCAAUCAACUAACAAACUUUUAGUUGCUAAUCACCUUGAUACAGCGUUCUUGUUCGAUGUUAAACGAUAA